AUGGAACCUAAAGGCAACCCUAACGUCCCCGGCGACCGCAAGAUCAACAAAAAGACCGCCGCCUCCUCCGCGACUGUGAAACCAAACAGCAAGUCCCCUGCCUCUUCUCCGAUUGUUUCAUCUGCCCUUUCGAUGAAAUCAAAAGCCGAAACCGCUCUCAUUCAUGAAGAGCAGGGGUCGUAUAGACCUCCCAUUCAUGCCGAAAACCCGAAUGUGUUUAAAGCUUCUAACGGACAUGAGAGAUACAAUAGGUCUACACGUCAAGUUGCUUCUACAUUGGGUUACAUUCUUCAGAUUCUUUUUCAAACUUGUGCAGGAGCUGUAUUGCUUACAGAUGUUCAUUGUAAUAAAGCAUUCAGUCAAGCUGUUUUCCUCCUCGGUGAAACAUUCUUGAACUCUUUGUGGUUCCCAUUGUUUAGGAUUUCAUACUUUGUGUUAUGGACCGGUGUAUUCGUUAUACUCCAAUGGAUUGUUCAUGCUUGUGUCUCCUUCUGGUAUGCUGCUGUUGGGUUGAUGCACGUACCGUGCUUUGGAGUCUUUGCUUUGAUCGUGAAAUUGAAGUACAUGUGGUUCUCUAAAUGUUUCUCAGAAGAACCAUAG